CCUACAUCCCCCCAAGCCCAAAUGCUGCCCUCCCCACCACUCGCCGCGCUCUCCAAAGCCGCCGCCGCCGCCGCCGCCCGCCGCGCCGCCACGGUCGCCGCGCGCAGCCGCCGCCGCCUCCUCGUCCUCCCCGCUGUCGCCUCGCUGGUACCGGGGCCACCUCCUGUGCUCUGCCGUCGCGUCCGCCUCAUGCCGCAGCUGGAGGGCCCGCGCGCUCCCCCGCCGCCGCACGGCAGGGGCUUCGCCGCGGCCGCCGCCGGUGGGGAUGGGGCUACACUGGAUGCUGGUGAUUCGGAGCUGGUGGUGGUCUCCUUCUACAGGUUCGCCGACUUCCCCGACCACGCCGAGCUGCGGUGGCCGCUCAAGGAGCUCUGCGAGGAGUUGCGUGUUUCAGGUGGUAUUAUCCUUGCGCCGGAAGGGAUCAAUGGUAGUAUAUGUGGAACACCAGAAGCUGUGGAGAAAGUCUUGAACUUCAUUCAAUCAGACGACCGCUUGAAAGGGUUACGGAUGAUCCAGUCUCCUGUUACUCCGGAAGACGAGGCUAUCCAUCAUGGACAUACCAGUCAAUCUCCUGUUGGUGCUGGGGAAGAUGCACCCUUCCGGUGGGAUCAUGUCCGUGUGAAAUUGAAAAAGGAGAUAGUCGCACUUGGAGAUCCCGGUGUCAUGCCAACUAAAACAGUUGGAAAAUAUGUUAAGCCAAAAGACUGGAAUGCAUUGAUAAGUGACCCAGAUACUGUUGUUAUUGAUGUGCGCAACAUGUAUGAGAUACGCAUAGGAAAAUUUAAGAGAGCUGUUGAUCCAUGUACGAACUCAUUCAGAGAGUUCCCAUCUUGGGUUGAUGAUCAGUUUCAAUUGGCUGAAUCUGACAGUCAACUGUGCUCAGAAAAUAAUGACAAUACAAUUGGCAGACAGUCGGAAGAUGUGAAUUCAAGCAAACCCAAAGAGUUACCACGAGUUGCUAUGUAUUGCACUGGUGGCAUAAGAUGUGAAAAGGCAUCAAGUUUCCUCCUUAGCAAGGGCUUUAAAGAGGUUUAUCACUUGGAGGGUGGGAUAUUGAAGUACCUAGAGGAAAUCCCCAAGGCAGAAAGCUUGUGGGAGGGUGAAUGCUUUGUGUUUGACAAACGUGUCUCAGUGGAGCACGGAUUAGCCCAAGGAACCCACAAACUUUGUUAUGGAUGUAAGAAACCAGUUAGUGAUGAAGACAUGGAAUCUCCUGAGUGGGAGUAUGGUGUAUCAUGUCCAUAUUGCUUUGCAACCAAAUCCGAGGAGGAGAAGGAAAGGGCAAGGGCACGGCAGAGACAGUUUGAGACAUGGGGAGUUAUUGGCGGCCCUGAUAAAGGAAGAAGUCCAAAAAGGCUGGAAGCUAAUCACACAGCUGAAGAGCCCAAACAGUUGUCGAGCUCAGUCUAACUCAAACUGGGUAACUGAAACUUGUUCCAUUACCACUUCUGAUUGAUUGACGUUUUGCUGACGAAGCGAGGGAUCCUUUUGUAUCAGCCGCGUCUUCUUUUGCACCUUUCUUGUAGUCUUCCAGAUUAUGUCUUGGUCCCUUAUGUAGCCUUACGAUAAAGCUUGAAGUUGUUUUUCGGUAGCACCGUUGUUUGUUCCAUCUGGUUCUAAUUGUAAAAACAGCAGUUACUCUUAUGAGUUGCAGCAGUUUCAUGAAUAAUUAUGCGCUGAGCUAAAGAGGCACCGAGAUAUCGGUUUGGAUGGAACAUAUUUGUAUGACUGUCUGAGUUUGCAUUGCUUAGUUUCUAUAGUGACUUUCUGAUUGUUUUUCGGAA